AUGGCAAAUCUGACCCCGGUCCCUCGAACCAUGAAGUCGCUCGUCGCGCCACGCUAUUGCACGCCGGCUGAAUAUCAAAUUGUCGAGCUCCCCGUGCCCGAGAUCAAGAAGCCAAAUGAGGUGCUGAUCCGCAUAUGCGCGGCUGCCGUGAACCCUGGCGACACGCAGGUGGCCAGUGGAGCGUUCAGGUUGCUCCAAUCAUUCAGCUUUCCCAUCAAGCUGGGCGUCGAAGGCGCAGGCGUCGUCGUCCAAGUCGGGUCUGCCGUCGCGACCGUGAAGCCUGGAGAUGAGGUUUACGUGUUGGAAUCGGACCCGGCAAGCAACUUCGAACACUUCGGAUUCUUGUCCGAGUACGCCCUUGCGUCCGAGCAGUUCGUGCUCCGCAAACCUGCAAACCUGACCUUCAGCGAGGCGGCGUCGCUCCUGGGAGCUACGAUGCCGGGGAUCGAAGCGUUCGAGACGGCCCUGAAGCAUAUGCCCGAGGGUGAGACGAUCGCGGGCAAGACGGUGCUCGUGACUGCCGGCCUUGGCGCGCUGGGCUCCAUGGGAACGCAGCUCGCAAAGAACGUCUACGGCGCGGGCAAGGUAAUCACGACCGUCUCCACGCCCAAAGUCGCCCUCGUCGAGACGUACACGCCGGGGAUCGUCGACAAGGUCGUCGACUACAAGACGCAGGACGUGCUCCAAGUGGUGCCGCGCGGCUCGGUCGACGUGGUCUACAACGCGCCCUGGGACUUUACGGGCCUCUUCCCGCUGGUCAAGCCGAAGUCGGGCGUCUUCAUCACCGCCUCCGGCAUUCCGCCCAGCGGCUUGCUGAAGCCGGUGUUUCCGCGCAUGCCCCGCGCCGUCGCCUGGCUGGUGGACCUGCUCCAGUGGUGGUAUCUAUGGAGGCUCGUGGGCACCUCGGUCCACUACGAGAUGAUCAUGUGCACGCCGUGGGACAGGCGGAAGCUGGAGGAGGCGGGCGAGGUCAUCCAGGCCGGUCACGUCAAGGCCGUCAUGAGUGAGGUGCGGUUUGACGACCUCGACGCCGUUCGCCGCGGCUGUCAGCAGGCGUACGAGGGCCGCGGCGGGGUGGGCAAAUUCGUGGUCAAAUUCCCGAGCACCAAUGCCCAAAUAGGUUUAGUUGGUCUUCGUGCCCUCAGCAACAAAUCGGUGUCGUCAACAUUCGGGCCAAGAAUAAACAUCCCACUUCUCUACGUCUACCUCUGCACCGUUCGGCGUCCAGCAUUCCGCGUUGAGCAUGCCCUCUGGUUAGUGAACGAGCGGACCAGCGACCCUCUCCGCCCGAGUCCUGAGCAAUGCUCCGCCGUCCUCCACAGCUCCCGCCGUCAAUGGCGUUCGCUCCUCGUCCCCGCCCGCGCGGCUCGCGGUUUCCCCUCCUCCUGCGCCAACGUCAGCAGCCUCCUGCCUCAGACGCCCUCUCUCCCGGGCCGGUCGGAGAUUGAAGAGCUCGCCGGCGACACAUCGAUCUACCUCGAGGGGUUCUCGGUCUGGGCCAUCCACUCGCCUCCCUGCGACUUCGCCGGGAAGAGCAAGAAAUCCGCACUUCACCAAAUCACGAUCGGAUCGAGUCGCCCCAGCUUUUGCCUGCUCUCAGACGACUUGCCCUCGGCGUGGCUGGGAUUUGAGGGAUGUCGCCGCACCGGGGGCGAGGGAAAUUACAUGGUCGCCUUUGUUUUAGGCUGGGCCUAUGUGCUGUCGGCAUGUCUAGUCGAGCUGCGACGAGAGUCGGACAAGGAUCAAAUCUGCUACACUGAAGAGAAGGCUGCGUGCAACACCUCGGGAAAAUUGGGCAAUGGCGAGACGGGCUUUGGCAUACCGGUUGGCAAUGCCGACUUCGAGGAAUGCCGCUGGUGGUCCGCCGUCCUGGCCAACGGAUGCGGAUGGCGCGCUACCCUCAGUCGGGCUGGUCGAGACUUUUGUCCCUCAUGGGAGUGCCAUCUCCAGAGCGACGACCAAGUUCUCCGAAUCCACCAGAUCCCAUCGAGGGACUCUGCAUCCACCUCUCCGCGUGCUCCAUCCUCGGAGCAGGCGCUGCAAUAUCUCUACCAUUUUGCCCAACUCCACGACGCGCAUGAUCAACUCUUGGCCGCAUUUGUUACUGCCCUGAUGAUACCCGGGCAGGGGAGAAUGGGUGCUCCCAUCGCCUUACCUAGGCCGGAGCCCAUGCGCACCGUUAGUGGCGGUGUGCACUCGGCCUUGCUCCGAGUUUUACCAGACCAUGAUGACCUCCCACACUUUAUGGCAUUCAGCUGUGUGACCAGUGCCGCCGUUUCUUGUAUGCUCGGGUGUCUGCUCCCAGAUCUCGCUUGUUUGACUAUUUGGUCUUCCUGUCGAAAAGAGCCGUCGGGGAAUCUUACUUGUGCAGGCCCGCCCAGUCGAGUGCCUUGAAAUUUCCUGCGCAGAUGGAUUUGCUCGUGAAAGAGGGACGUGGCUGGCUAGGCAACAAGCCCUGACAACCUCGAUCUUUGGCAGUGGCAUCAGCCUACGGAUGGCGUCGAGACCCGUGCUCUUUGGAGGUGUCGACGUCGGCGGCGCCAGGACUGCAGUCUGCAGUCAACAGUCAACAGUCACUCCCGCAGGUUGCUUUAGUCUUCCGCAAACGGAACGAUCUGAUUGGCGGAACUGGGCCGACUGUCCGACCCGACAUAUCCAGCUGUUCAGGCAUUGUGCAGUAUCCAAAGACUUGUGUUGGAGGACGACCGCGAUUGGCUGUGAUCGCUCUCUUUGACUGGCUGAAGAUCCUCCCAAGGUCUGUGGACAUUGUAGGUAUUGAUUGACGAAGCCAUCGAUGGUGUUGAACUAUUAGAUGGUCGCAAGAACGUUUGAUAUCCGUGGCGGAGGCGAAUCGAUGCUAGGGUAUAUAAAGUCCGACAUUUCUGCACACAAUGUGCUAGUGAAAUAGUCGAGUUAGGUCGUGAACAAUACUGUAUGGGCUCUUCCAAGGAUUUCAUCGGGUGUGCAGUCCGGCCUGACAACAACGAUCUACACCUACUCCUACAUCACUUCUG